AUGGAUGUAGCAAAGCGUUAUUUUGAAGAUCAUUUGAACAGAGCGAUGUCUCCGCGGACCACUGUAGUCAUUAUUUCGGUGAUAAGCUUGACAGCGAGCCUAGCUGAUUACCUGACGGGCAGUGAUACUUCAACGUCGUGCUGCGACUGCAGGGUGCAGGAACGAUGGUCGCUGGUCCGAGACCAUGUAUGCUCUACGAGGAACAUGCUGCUUACAAUUUUCCAAGCUGCCAACUUGGUAUUGCUGCUGGGUUGCGUUCUUGAGAAUGCUUCGCUUAUGCAAUUUUAUAUUUGGUACACAAUAAGUUUCGUUGUGUUCGGCUUCGUCGUGACGAUCCUGGACUUUCUUAUCCGAAUCAAGCGCGAGCAGCUGUGGAGCUUCAUUGCCUUAGUGGCAGACGUGGCGUAUUUAUUUGUUAUAUUUUGGUGUCUCCCCAUAAUCGACGCAUACAGAAAAACGCUUAGUGGAGAUUCAAAUUUAAAAAGAACGUCUGCAGAUCAGGUGAUAUAA